GGAGAAGAAGAAGGAGAAGGAGAACAAGGAGGAGAAGGAGGAGAAGAAGAAAGGAGAAGAAGAAGCAGAAGAAGAAGCAGGAGCAGAGCAGCAGUGGUCUGGCUCAUCAGUUUGUCAGGAACAGACACUGAGGUUGUAGGUGGGCGGGGCCUCUUCACCAGUGCUGAUUGGGAACCUCUCAGUCACAAUGUUGUUACCGUGACAACCGGCUGAAGACCUCCUACAAUGUGGGAGGUGACGUCCAAAUGCAGGUGAGCACUGCCCCGCCCCCUGACCUCAUGAUGGACAUGUUUCUCCCCUGGUACCGGCCCCAGCCCCUGCCCUGGCCCCUGCCUCUUCCUCCUCCUCCUCCCGCCGCCGGUCCGCUCUCAGCCCGUUGGUGCAUUCGACGUCUGCCGGUCUCUGCUGAGCUCGGAGGCGGGGCCUGGCUGGGAGUUCUACGCCUGUCAGCCGCCGCCCGUCAACAUGAAGGAGCUGAUGCAGAUCCGAGUCGACCCCCCCGGCAUCACCUGCGGAAACCCCCCCGAACGCUUCUGCACACUGGAGAACCCCUACCUGUGCAGUGAUGAAUGCGACGCCUCCAGUCCAGACCUGUCUCACCCUCCUCAGCUGAUGGGCGACAGGGAAAGGGGCGGGCUCAUCACCUACUGGCAGACAGUCACAUGGUCCAGGUACCCUGAGCCCCUAUUGGCCAACAUCACGCUGUCGUGGAACAAGAGUCUGGAGGUGGUCGAUGACAUCAUCGUCACCUUCGAGUACGGUCGACCAACCAGCAUGGUGUUAGAGAAGUCCAUGGACAAAGGUGUCACCUGGAUGCCCUAUCAGUACUACGCUGACGACUGCAUGGAGGUCUUCGGCAUGAUGCCCAAACGAGUCUCGGAGCUGGCGCCAAGCAACUUGACCCGGGUCAUCUGCACUGAGCAGUACUCCCGCUGGGUCGGGGCCAAGGAGGAGAAGGCGGUGGUGUUUGAGGUGCGCGCUCGCUUCGGAGUGUUGGCGGGACCGAAGCUGAUCAACAUGGACGCUCUGUACACCCGCAUGGAGACCAUGAAGGGCCUGAGGGACUUCUUCACCUUCACCAACCUACGCCUGCGACUGCUCCGCCCAGCACUGGGCGGGACCUACGUCCAGACGGACAACCUGCUCAAAUACUUCUACGCCAUCUCCAACAUCGACGUCCCUGCCAGGUGUAAGUGUAACCUCCAUGCGGCCCAGUGUCUGCUUCGGGACGCCACGCUCAUGUGCGACUGCGACCACAACACGGACGGACAGGACUGCCAACGCUGCCGACCCGGGUUCAAAUCCCGCACCUGGAGACCCGGGUCGUACCUGACCCUGCCCAAAGGCACCGCCAACACCUGUGAAGCAUCAGAAACAGCAGCCACGACUCCGCCCUCUGACUUCACAUCCUCAUCAGACAACACAGGCUCCGCCCUCUCUGGAACUGGUACAAACUGGUACAAGAUUACCGGUACCCCAACUGGAGCACCACCAGCAGCACCUGUUCCGAAACCCACCGGUGACGGGACUCCAAAUGGAGAUAGUCCACCUGCUGAGUCAGGCCCAACCAGCCAGGAAGGAGACCCCCCACCCCCCCCAGGACUGGAUCCUAGUCCUCCUGAUGUCCCCUCACAAACAGAUGUUCCAAUAGAUGGCCCUCCACCUGAUUUACCUCCUCCUGAUGGUCCUCCUCCUGAUGGCCCUUCACCUGAUGAUCCUCCUCCUGAUGGUCCUCCUCCUGAUGGCCCUUCACCUGAUUCGCCUCCUCCUGAUGGUCCUCCAUCUGAUUCACCUCCUCCUGAUGGUCCUCCAUCUGAUUCACCUCCUCCUGAUGGUCCUCCUCUUGAUGGUCCUUCACCUGAUGCCCCUCCUUCUAAUUUACCUCCUCCUGAUGGUCCUCCAUCUGAUUCACCUCCUCCUGAUGGUCCUCCUCUUGAUGGUCCUUCACCUGAUGCCCCUCCUUCUAAUUUACCUCCUCCUGAUGGCCCUCCACCUGAUUCGCCUCCGCCUGAUGGCCCUCCACCUGAUUUACCUCCUCCUGAUGGUCCUCCUCCUGAUGGCCCUUCACCUGAUGGUCCUCCUCCUGAUGGCCCUUCACCUGAUUCGCCUCCUCCUGAUGUUCCUCCAUCUGAUUCACCUCCUCCUGAUGGUCCUCCAUCUGAUUCACCUCCUCCUAAUAGUCCUCCUCCUGAUUCACCUCCUGAUGGUCCUCCUCCUGAUUUACCUCCUCCUGACAUUCCUCCUCCUGAUAGUGCUUUUCCUGAUGGUCCUCCUUCUGAUUUACCUCCUCCUGAUGGCCCUCCUCCUGAUAUUCUUCCUCCUGAUGAUGCAUUUCCUGAUGGUUCUCCUCCUGAUGAUCCUCCUCUUGACGUUCCUCCUCCUGAUGGUGCUUUUCCUGAUGGUCCUCCUUCUGAUUUACCUCCUCCUGAUGGCCCACCUCCUGAUAUUCUUCCUCCUGAUGAUGCAUUUCCUGAUGGUCCUCCUCCUGAUGGUUCUCCUCUUGACGUUCCUCCUCCUGAUGAUGCAUUUCCUGAUGGUCCUCCUCCUGAUGGUCCUCCUCUUGACGUUCCUCCUCCUGAUGGUGCUUUUCCUGAUGGUCCUCCUCCUGACGUUCCUCCUCCUGAUGGUGCUCCAGACUUGCCAGUCACCAGAACUCCAGAAACUGCAGUAGAGUCGAAUGUACCUCCUCCUGACAUACCUCCUCCUGAUCUUCCUUUUCCAGAUAUACCUCCUCCUGAUGCACCUGAGGUUCCUGACAUUGCUUUUUCACCUCCUGCUGCUCCUUCCCCACCUCCUGACGCCCCUCCUCCAGCUCCUGAUGUCCCUCCUCUGGCUCCUGAUACUCCUGUAGACACCUUGACACCUUCUUUGGAGGACAUGGGAGGUAAUGCUGGGAUAGACACAAGCUCUGCCCCCACAGAUGAAACUGGUGGUCUGGCCCCUGUGGACUUCACCUUCCCUUCUCCUGAGGGUCCAAAUUCUUCUGAAGCCAGACCAAAAUCUGAGACCGCCCCUGUUGGGAAUGUAGAUGAUUCAGUUCAACCAGUUGAUGAUCCUGGAUCAGAUUCCGCUGGUCCGGGACUGGAUUCCAUUCCCACAGGAGCCAAGGAAAAAGCUCCUCCUGCACCAGAUCCUGCAGUCCUUGGUUUGGAUUCCACAGCAGGUUCUACACCGAAGGAAGGAACAUCUGCUGGAGAAGAUCCAGCUGGACCAGAGUCCGACAAGAUGAGGACCACUACAGACGAGAAGACCGAAGGACCAAGAGAAGACAAAGAAACAACAGAGGAAACGCAGAAGGAAACGAAAGAAGAAGCAAAAGAAGGAAAAGAGGAAGAGGAAAAAAACGAAAAAGGCUAUGAGAGAAAAGUGACCCAGAAGCUUCUGAUUCCAGGAGGUCCAAAGUUCAGCCAGCUGUCCAAAAUCGCCUACGUCAACUUCCAGGACUGUGAGUGUAACGGACACUCCAACCGCUGCAGCUACAUCGACUUCAUCAACGUGGUCACAUGUGUGAGCUGUAAACACAACACACGAGGACAGAGGUGCCAGUACUGUCGCCUGGGUUACUAUAGAAACGCAUCACUGCCCCUGGACGACGAGAACGUGUGUGUAGGGUGCCAGUGUGACCUUCAGGGCAGCUCGUCUCCUCACUGCUCAAACUCUGGUCUGUGUCAGUGUAAAGCCGGAUCCACAGGGAGGCGCUGCGACACCUGUUUAUCUGGAUACACCUGGAGAGAGGGAGGAGCUGGAUGCACAGCCAACGUCUGCGAUGAGGAGCGUCUGCUCUGUCAGAACGGAGGAACCUGCCUGGACUACAGCAGCUGCAUCUGCCCAGCUAACUACACAGGUUCCAGGUGUGAGCAGACCGUCUGUCUGAAGAAAGGUGGAUGCCUGGAGGACUCCAGCUCCUCUUCACCUUUGACCUCUGACCUCUACCUGCUGAGCCUCAUACUACUUGCCUCCACCUUCCGCUGACUCCGCCCACCGGUUACUGGGUGUGACCUCGUACCCACCUACAUCACAUUGUUGAAGGGACAGAACAGGUGCAGGAGGCUCCGCCCAUUCAGACUGCCAAUCAUCAUCAUCCUCAGACUUGUUGCUGUAACCAUGGAGACGAACUGUGCUGUGAAAAUAUUUAUGAUUAUGAUUUGUUUUUUUUACCUGAGUCAACUUUAGGUGUUUGACUGUUUUAUGUGUCAAAGGUCAAAGGUCAAUGGAUCAAAACCUGUUGAGAAAUAAAGAAUCACUGUUC